AUGUCGAGAUUUUGGAAACCUGGAACAGAUAAACCUCAGCUCGUGGAGGAUGAAGAAAGCGGCGUUCUGUUCUUCUCCGCCUCUCCUUCUUCUUCCGGUUUCCUCACCUAUCACAAAAUUGCACACUACAACAUAUUAAGGAAUUACAUGCUAAGCCACACUCUCGGUUCACCAAUUUUGAUUGCACCAAUUUUGCUUAAGAAUUACAUGCUAAACCACAAUCUCGGUUCACCAAUUUUGAUUAAGGUGGCUGCUCUUGACAUCAAUGAGAUGUUUAGAUGGGCUAUUACACCAAUCAUUAUUAAGAGAGGGACCGCAGCAACCCGAGCUACACACAAGCGAUACUGCCACCGGCCCCAGGUACCAAACCAAAGGGAAAUCAGACUUCCACCACCCCCCUCCCACAGGAUCCGGCGAACAAGGCUCGAGAGCCUCGUCUGCCAAACAGGCCCCAAUUCCUGCAACGGAAAUAGAGGUUCUGAGGAGCACCGCAACCUCAAUCGCGACCAAAAGCGACUCAGCGACCGAAGCCCCAAAAGCAAAAAGAAGAAGCUGACCUUAUCGAAAGAUGCAACUUCAGGCCAGGACCACCCGGGGAGGAAAGGAAUCGCGGCGGAUCGCCCCUCCUGA